UAAACCACGACCGUAGACGAAAACAACCAGGAAAUGUUGUGCUUCACGUGAGAAGUGAGAAGGAGCUGCCACCUUCAAACAAAACAGAUGCAGAUGGAGAAGGUAAUCAACUGUUUCAGGAAGAGUCCUGAUGCUGUGGCCAGACUUAUCUGUUUCCCAUGGGCAGGUGGAGGCUCCAUCCACUACGCCCGCUGGGGAAACGUCAUCAGCAGCUCCGUCGAAGUGUUUGCAGUCAAACUUCCAGGCAGAGAGUCUCGAGCCAAAGAGCCGUUCUUCCAGAACAUGCAGCAGAUCGUGGACGAGGUCAUUGCCGCGUUGUUGCCGCUGCUGAAAGAGAAGCCGUUCGCUCUCUUUGGACACAGUUUUGGUGCCUUCACAAGUUUCGCUGUGGCAGAUGCUCUGAAGAGGCUUCACAACCUCGAGCCUGUUCACAUCUUCCUGUCUGGAGCUUCUGCACCUUAUUCAGAGACUCGAAUCAAAACCCCGAAGAGAAGCGACUUAACGGACGACGAUUUCCUCAAGUGGUUGAUUUCCAUUGGAGGAACUCCUCCUGAGCUUCUGGCAAAUCCUGAAGUCCUGAACCUCUUCCUUCCUGCUCUGAAGGCCGAUCUGCACGUCGUGGAGAACUACAAGUGUGACAAACCUGAGAAUCCAUUCCUGUCCUGUCCCGUCACAUGUUUCGAUGGGAAAGACGACAUUCCUCACGACUUACAAGCUUGGAAAGACAUGACGUCAGGAGAUUUCACCGUCAGGAUUCUGGACGGCGCUCAUUUUUAUCUAAAGGAGGCAGGAAAUGAAAAACUGAUCUUAGACUACGUCACAAAUCAUCUGGAAGCCUCACAAAUGGACUAUUUCUGACGACAACAACAACAACUACAAACGUUUACUUAAGUCUCUUUAACUAAUUAAUUCAGAUGGAGUUUAACGUAAAAUCUGUACAUUUCCGUACAGGCAGUGUAACACAAAAGUGACAUUGAUUACAUGUAAAUGUGUGUUUUGUCUGACCGCUGCCUUUUUUAAGAUGAAGUCAUUUUAGCAUGUUUAAGUGUAAGUUUCUUGGGGUAUAUGUUUUUUAUAUGGGUAAUUAAACUUAAAAAGUUUAAAUUAACCAACAUGAUCAUGAACCACAGGCAGGAGAAUGGGAAUGGGGAAAACUCAUCUGCACACGAUGUACAGACACGUCUUACUUUGAAAAACAUUAAACUCCCUACUAAAUAUAGUAACCAAUUUCAACUUUGAAAUCAUAUUCGAGCCUCAUAGGGACAGAGAACUUAUUCAGGAACAUUUUAUUGGGUUGACAGCAGUGAAUAUUUAAAAUAAAAUACAUAAAAUUGA